AUGGCUGCCGCGGGCUCCCGGCGGGUGGGGGAUGGCGGCGGUUCUGGGGGCACCUUCCAGCCCUACCUAGACUCCUUGCGGUAUGAGCUGCAGCAGAGGGACCCGACGCUGUUGUCAGUAGUGGUGACGCUUCUCGCAGUGCUGCUGACGCUGGUGUUCUGGAAGUUCAUUCGGAGCAGAAGGAGCAGUCAGAGAGCUGUUCUUCUUGUUGGCCUUUGUGACUCCGGGAAAACAUUGCUCUUUGUCAGGGGCAAUAGCCUGACCUUGAUUGACCUCCCUGGCCAUGAGAGCUUGAGGCUUCAGUUCUUAGAGCGGUUUAAGACUUCGGCCAGCAACACCUUACGAGUUACCCGUUCUGCUGCCCCCAGCACACUGGAGAGUUCCAGCACUGUCCCUGCUCAGCUGGGAAAGAAAGGCAGAGAAUUUGAAUUCUCACAGUUGCCCCUCAAAGUGGAGUUCCUGGAGUGUAGUGCCAAGGGUGGAAGAGGGGACACUGGCCCUGCUGACAUCCAGGAUGUGGAGAAAUGGCUGGCAAAAAUUGCCUGA